AUGGCCGUGGCGGCUGCUACACGCGGCGCCGCGUACGAAAUGGCAUGCUUACAUACCCUAACACCCUGGCUUUCCAUGCGCCUGCAUCGGACUGGCGGCGCAGGCGAUCGAGGGAUCGACUUGCAAGGCUGGUGGGAUGUGCCCCAGGUAGCACAGUCCACCUCUACCUGUGGCAGCGUACGUGUGUUGGUGCAGUGCAAAGCGGAAAAGAAGGCCAUUGGGCCCUCUGUGGUACGGGAACUGGAAGGAACAACGUUCCGUGCUAUUUGUGAGAAUCAGGGGCGUGCGGCAGAUCUAGCAACGUCCCUACCAGCCUCGUCGGUGACUACACCUGUGCUGGGCCUUUUGGCUAGUUUUUCAGGGUUUUCCAAGCAAGCCAUUCUCCAUGCGCGGUCCAGUCGCGUGCCUCUUUUGCUCCUGCACUUAUGUACGCCGUCCCCCUCGAUAGAGGAAACGGAGCGUCUCACAUGCCGUGGGUUCGUAUGGAACGAUGCCCUCGCAGGCCCGCAAGGUCUAUUGCGAGGCCGUUACGAGGCCGUAUGGACGUCCACCUCGCCCACAUCCUAUACCCCCUCGCGCCUAUCUCUCUACUGUGAUGGCAUUCGUGUAGCCUAA